CUUGCCACCGCUUCGAUUUGCGGCCGAAUCCGCAACGGGGGACUUGAGUGCCGCCACGAGAGCAAGGCAAGGGCCGUGAUUCCCACGGACAAAACAGAACAGAAUGCUGGGCGGCAAGCGGACGGGAUCGCGGCACGUAGCCGUAGUGCUGCUGAUGUGCUUGUUCUGGUAUGUGAUCUCCUCCAGCAACAAUGUGAUCGGCAAGAUGGUGCUGAACGAGUUCCCCUUCCCGAUGACCGUAACGCUGGUGCAGCUGUGCAGCAUAACGCUGUAUAGCGGCCCCUUCUUCAAUCUGUGGCGCAUCCGGAAGUACCAGGAGAUACCGCGUCCUUACUUCUACCGGCUGAUUGUGCCCCUGGCUGUGGGCAAGCUGCUCGCCUCGGUCACAUCGCACAUUUCGCUGUGGAAGGUCCCCGUUUCCUAUGCGCACACAGUAAAGCCACAAAUGCCACUAUUCACCGUCGUCCUUACGCGCCUCUUCUUUGGCGAGAAACAGCCAACGCUCGUGUACCUGAGCCUGCUGCCCAUCAUAACGGGCGUGGGCAUUGCCACCGUCACGGAGAUCUCCUUCGAUAUGAUGGGUCUGAUCAGUGCCCUCAUCUCCACGAUGGGCUUCUCCAUGCAGAACAUUUUCUCCAAGAAGGUCCUCAAGGAUACCAACAUCCAUCACCUGCGAUUGCUGCAUCUGCUUGGCAAGCUAUCGCUGUUCAUCUUCCUGCCCCUUUGGCUGUAUAUGGACAGCUUUGCUGUCUUCCGCCACAAUGCAAUCAAAAACCUGGACUAUAGAGUGAUUGCCCUGCUCUUUGCGGACGGCGUGCUCAAUUGGCUGCAGAACAUCGCCUUCAGUGUCCUCUCGCUGGUCACACCGCUCACGUACGCGGUGGCCAGCGCCUCGAAGCGAAUAUUCGUCAUAGCCGUUUCGCUGCUAAUUCUGGGCAACCCCGUAACGUGGAUCAACUGCCUGGGCAUGACACUGGCCAUUGUCGGCGUUCUGUGCUACAAUCGGGCCAAGCAAAUAACCAAGGGACGAGAGGCACCCACGUUGCCGCUGUCCCAGAGCUCGCACAUUAAGUACCAGCCGCUGGAGCAGCAAACGGAUCCCUAUUACCGGGGCUCUGUCAACGGAAAGCUAUCCAAUGGUCUGCACCGGGCGACGACAAUGACGCCGAGCAAUAGCCUGCUGGCGAAUGGCAGCGGAAUGCCAAGCGGUACGGCUGCCACGCGGCUACUGUUUGUGUAGUUUGUAGUUUAGUGAAUGACGUACACCCCGGACUCUCUCCAUCGCUCCCUUUCUCCUCCUCGCCGUCUCUCUCUCUCACUCUGU